ACUUCAAAGUUUUGAAGAACCGGAUGGAACUGGAAUAGCACGCACCUUGUUUUACCUAAAAAGUUGUUGACUAGUUUAAUAGGGCACAGGUUUUCUCAAAUCCUGGAUUGAGGCCGGCGACAUGAUGCACGCCGAGGCGAGGCUGUUGGAUUUGGUUGGCGCCAUGGAAGAUCUCAAGGCCAUGAGAAAUCGCGUUCUGAGGGAGAUUGAAUUGCAGGAGGAGAAAGGCAAACAACGCACUCAAAAAGUGCAAGCAUGGCUUGACAAGGUUCUGGACAUGGAUCAAUGUACAAAUCAGUUGGUGAUUGAUUUUAGUAGAUGUUUUGUCACCGGAUGUUGCUCCCUAAAUAUUUAUUCAAGAUUAAAUGGCAGCAGAAAAGCAACAAAAUUUAAGAAAGAAAUAGAUGAAUUGAUGAAAGAAAAAAAUCAUCUAAGUGUUCUGGCGAAGAGGAGGCCUUCUAAUCCGGUCAUAGAUAUGCCAAUCUCAACCACAAAUAUUGGCAUAAUGAUUGGGUCCAAUUUGCGUAUUGUCCGUGAUUGCCUUGCAGAUAAAACAUUUGGGAUAAUUGGGAUUUAUGGUAUGGGUGGGAUUGGCAAAACCACUCUCAUGAAAGAAAUCGAAAGGUCCAUAGAUGAUUGGAAUAUGGGUUUCGAUUAUGUCAUUUAUGUUAGAGCUUCAUAUGAACAUCAUGUUGAAGAUCUUCGUGACUGUAUAGCUGAACAGUUGUCGUUGUGCGAGCCAAGCAUGGAAACUAUUUUCAAGUUUUUAAAAUAUAAAAACUUCUUAUUGUUGCUAGAUGAUUUAUGGGAGGAAUUGGACAUCACAGUUCUUGGAAUUCCUGACCCGCGUGAUAACAGUGUUAUAACAACUCUAUACAAGCACAAAGUAGUUUUUACCACCCGAUCAAAGCAAGUAUGUGAUUGCAUGAGAGCUGACAAAAAGAUCAAAUUGGAGUGCUUGGACAAAGACGAAGGGUGGCAACUUUUCAAGGAAAAUUUAGCAAUGAAUUUGGAAGAUGUCCCUUCUAUAGAGGAAGUAGCAAGAGAAGUAGCCAAUUUAUGUGGUGGAUUGCCGCUAGCUCUUAUAAUGGUUGGGCGGGCUAUGUCAAAUCAGACAUGGUUAGCAAAGUGGAAUCUCAUGCUCGAUCAGCUGCAGGGUAGGCAUUUAUCAAGUUUAUGUGAAUCAAUGCUUUUAUAUUUGAGAAGCAGCUAUGAUAGUCUAGCCCAUGAAACCCUUCAACAAUGUUUCUUAUGCUUUUGCUUGUGGCCUAAAAGAAAACUCAUCUUAAUUGAAGAUCUAAUCAAAUGUUGGUUGGGAUUUGGACUAAUAUACUACUUUGAUUCCAUAUCAGAAGCUUACAUGCAUGGGUGCUAUAUCAUUAAAGUCCUGGAGGAAGCAAGUUUAGUAAUAACUCAUGAUAAUAGAACAGUAGUUGAGGUGCAUGAAGUAAUACAUGACAUGGCUCAAUGGAUAGCCUCAAGAGCUGAGGGCGACCAUAUAGCAUGGUUUGUUAAACAAAACAUUAUCUUUGAACAGUUGUCAUCAGAGGAGAUGGAGACAUGGAUUCAGCUGGAACGAGUGUCAAUAAUCAAUUGUGAUAUGAAUUCUUUGCCUGAGUUACAAUGUCAGUGCCCGAGCCUCUUAAGUUUAAGCAUUCAACAUAAUCAAAGGCUAGAAAAUCUACCGAAGAUCUUUCUUAGGCAAAUGCCAAAUCUCACAUAUUUGAAUUUAUCUUCUACUGGAAUCGAUGAGCUCCCAACCGAGAUCACACAUUUGUUUAAUCUUGAGUUCCUUGACAUAUCACGCACAAGAAUCAAAUCACUUCCACACGAGCUUGGAAAUUUGAAAAAACUGAAAUGCCUUUUAUGUGGAUAUCUGUUUCUAGGCAAAUUACAAGCUGGGCUGUUGUCAAAUUUGUGCAAUCUACAGGUGCUUGACCUUUAUCCAUAUGGGUGUGUAGAACCAAAGGAAUUGGAGAUACUGAGAGGCUUUAAAAGUAUAGGAAUGCGUGCAUCUUCUAAUGAGAUCCUCCAACAACUCUCCGACUUACCAAUCGUCAAUAUCAAUAUUCAAGAAAUUGAAGGCUUGCAAACACUUCAAUUUAGUAGUUUAACAAGUGAAGGUCAUGGGUGGCCAAAAGAGUUUCAAAUCAGAUCAUGCACUACCAUUCAAAACCUGGUGAUUACUCACGGAACUAAGAUAAGUCUCAAGUUUCUCAAAUUAUUUGAUCUUCCAAAAUUGAGAAGUUUUGUCUGGAGGAUUGAGCCGAAAGAAGUUUUGCCGGUGCUUCAACUUGUCCAAAUUGAAGAAUGCCACAGUUUGACAAGUCUUCAUUGGGUCUUGCAUCUCCCACUCCUCCGUGCUUUAUUAUUGAAAAAUUGUGAUGCUAUGGAAGAAUUGGUAAAUGGAGAGGUGGGAGAAAUUGAAGAGGAUGAUGCCAUCACUACAUUCCCCAAACUAAAGUAUUUGACAAUACUUGGUUUACCAAAGCUAGUGAAAAUAAGUCAUUGUACAUUAGAUUUUCCUCAUCUUUCAAAAGUUCAUUUGGAGGGCUGUCCAAGUUUGAAGAGGCUUCCAUUCAAGCCGGGAAUUGUCAACAACCGAGGCUUAUUUAUUAAAUGUGAGAAAAUAUGGUGGGAGAAAUUGGAGUGGGAUGAUGCCACUAUCCCGUCACAAUUUUGCUCAAAUAGCUCAGAAGAUGAAGAAAUUGCUGAUUUUUUUGUUGGCGGUGUUCGUCCACUUGGUCAUAGAGACUUUCUUGAAAUAUUUGGGUUUGAUGAGGUAAUGCUAUAACUUUUUUUUUUUCCGUUGGGGGAGGUUUUUACUAAUUUUACCCAUAU